GACCCCACACUCACUCCCUCUGAAGAAAUCGCGCUCCCCUCUGUCAGUUACUCACUCUCUCAUCCGUUUCUCGACAAUGUCGGACAAGCCGAUUGCCGCCGAUGCUCUGCCGUCGAACUCCGACGAAUUCCCCCAGAUGUCCAGGUCUGAACUCUACGAUAUGAUGUAUCAGAUGAAGCUGCUUACCGAUGAGAAUCCGCAACAAGCACGCCAGAUUCUGGCUGAGAAUCCUCGAUUGGCCCGAUUUGUCUUUCAGGCUCAAAUAAUGCUUGGAAUGAUGGGGACCCCUCGAGAGACUCCAAGUACUCAGUCAGCAGCAUCACAGCAUACUCAGCAGCUAAUCGCUCAGGCCACGCAACAGAUGUCAGGAACAAGUGGAUCUCAAAGCCAAGUUCCUGUAACAAAGCAAAUGGAAAACCCAAUGCAGAUUGCAUCUGCAGCAGCCCAGAUGGCCCCCUCUCAAAUUCCUAAUUUGCUUUCCCAUCCAAUUAGUUCUGCUUCUCAGCCACCAUUAGCUCGACCUCAGAUGCCUACAGUCUCCAGCCAAUUGCAACAACCAGGACAGACACCUAUCCUUCCACAUAUGCCGCUGCAACCACCAUUGCCUCCACAUCCUAGACUUCCAUCAAUGCCAGCUUUCCAACACCAGCACCCGUCACAAAUGGGCUCCAGUAUGGGAUUCCAACAACCUGGCGGUCAGCUGCAUCAUUCUCAGCCUGUGUUUCAUUCAGGUACCCAACCUAAUGCUAGCAUUGGGCCUUCCUUUACACAGGCACAGCCACCACUUCCAAGUCAGCUGCCAUCGCAAUCUUUUAAUCAGAUUGGAGGUUCACAUUUAAGGACAGAGUUCAGUAAUCCUGCUGGAAGCUCCAUGCAAGUGGACAGGGGAUCUUCUGCCUGGAUGCCUCCCCGUCAUGAGAGUACAAUGGGAACACAGAUCCCAGGACCUCCACCAUUAGUUCCUGGGUUUGGCCCUAGCAACCCACCUCCACGCCCCCCAAUGUUAAACCCCGAGAUGGAGAAGGCUUUGCUUCAGCAGGUAAUGAGCCUAACCCCAGAGCAGAUUAAUUGCCUGCCUCCGGAGCAAAGGCAUCAGAUUCUUCAGUUGCAACAGAUGCUGCGGCAAUGAAAUAAUAGAAGUUAGAUGUUUCAGGAGGAAGAACAAAAUCGAUGCCCCAUACUCAUAGGGCCCUUGUUAGACAUAACUCACAACUAUGUUGAAGAACUUCUGUUUUUAAGACGGUGCUCUGCCUUUGCCCUUUUUGAGGCUACCAAAUUUGUAUUUUCUUUGCCAUAUGCGUUUACCUCAAUACCAGUCUAAUGGUGACUGAUUUCAGGCACAUCAUACGACUUCAGAAUCUUGGGACCUGCACAUUUUAGCAGCCAUGUUGAAUAGCAUAUGAUUGAGAAUUUCGCAUAUUUUUGUGCAGUUAUGUUUUAGUUCUAAUUUUUUAUGAG